AUGGGAAAUCAUCAAACGUAUCCCAAACGACAACAUCGUCCAAGUGAAUCUGUUGGUUUCAAUAAACAUGAUAGUGAUGAUGAACGUUUAGUUACAAUUCAUCAGAGAGAAAGACGAAUUUCUACGAAAAGUGCACCACCACUUGAAGAUCAUAAUGUAAUAAUUCAUCCUAUUGAUCGUACACCUAUUACUUUUUCAGUACCAGCUUUACCAUUUGAUUCACAUGCAUGUGUUACUGGCACUUUUAAUGAUUGGAUCGAACAUAAGAUGGAUAAAUUAGAUGGAAAAUAUGAAACAUGUAUUGAGGUACCACAAGGUUGUCAUUAUUAUAAAAUUUUAGUUAAUGGACGAUCAAGAUUUAUUUCGAGUGAAACAAUAGAAUAUCAUUCAAAAUUUGGUCGUGUACAUUUUCUUUAUGUCUCUGUUAAUGAUCAAAAUGUAAAUAAUCAUUUGGAACGAACAAUGUUAUCUCUCAGUAAAUUAAAUAUAUGGACAAACGAAAUAAAUACUCAACUUGUACCAACUGAUCAACCACCACCACCACGUAUCCCACCUCAUCUACUUAACGUUCUUCUCAAUAGAAAACUACCUGCUCAUUGUGAUCCGGAUGUGUUACCAGAACCAAAUAGUGUCAUGCUUCGACAUUUAUAUGCUCUAUCAAUUCAAAAUGGUAUUAUGAUAUUAAGUACAACCAUUCGAUAUAAACAAAAGUUUGUUACAACAUGUUUUUAUAAACCAAAUUGA